AUGCCUCGAAACGUAUUGAUCACAGCUGGCGCCGGUCACAUUGGCCAGGAAUUGCUUCCGCUCCUCCAAUCACUAGAAGAAACAAGAGUUAUUCUCCCAACGACGAAUGCUUCUCGCCUAAAAGCAAGUCUUCCGCCACAUUCCGAGCCUCAGUCCAACCCUGCGACUUUUAUCGCAGAGGAGGGUUCUCUUACAGACCCAGCAUGGUUCCAAGGCCUGCUCGAGAAGUAUGAAGUGGAAACUGUCUUUUUGUGCCUGACUACUGAAGACGAGCUCUUCACAACCUUGAACUGUCUGGAUUGUAUGGCAAGAUCUAAAACAGUCAAGCAUCUCAUCUACCUCUCAGCGUGUUACGACUUCGCUUCUACCGAGUGUGCACAGUGGAUACUUCGAAAUUGCUCCUCAGGACAUGUUCUUGUUAAGAUUCUUACAGAACAAAAGCUAGUAUAUGGCAAUCUCCCAUUCAGCUGGAGCGUCAUUCGCCCGACUUUGUUCUUCAUCAACGAUCUCCGGUCAAAGCACUCAAUGAUCGAGAACAGUGUCUAUGACGAGCCGCUGAGCGAGCAAGGCGUUAGUCGAGUUGCACCCUCAGAUAUUGCUCUUGCCAUCAAGAACGUUAUUAUUGAUGAAAGUGGGAAAUGGAACGGUCGGCAUAUCUCAAUUGGCUCUAAGAAAGUAUACAAGGGCUCGGAAAUUGCGGACAUCUGGUCUAAAGCUCUGGGAAAGAGAAUUGAGAUGUACCCAGCUACGGAGGAAGGAUUUCGACGAUUCGAGACCGAGAUGGGCUCCAAGAAAAAUUCAGCCUGGGGUAGAGAUAUGAGAUUGAUGGUGGAAUUGUUUGCAAAGGAGCCUUUCGGUAUGACUGAAAAGGAAUAUCUCGAGCAGGUUGAAUUGCUUGGAAAGGAACCUGAGGAUUAUGAGGCAUGGGUUCAAAAGACCGUGACUACCGCAAAUUGGUGA